AUGGGCGAGGAAGGUUCAUCGAAGAUUCCCGAACUGCCUAUUGAACUCGAAAGAGAAAUUUUCGAGCUCACAGCGACACUGUAUCCUGGUAGCGCCUACCAAUUAACUACAGUCUCCAAACGGGUCCAAAUAUGGAUGGAAAUUCUCAUAUACCGAACGGUCGUCCUUGACUUCCCCAAGUCGCGAACGAAUCUCUUCUUACAGACAGUCGACUCUCGACCUGCUAGCUUUUUCGCCUCUCACGUCAAAAAUCUCUACCUCACCUUCGUGAGUUAUCCACAAGCCCAGAAGGUUCUCUCCGUAUGUACCGGCGUAACCAACCUUGCCUGCUGGGCGGCUACCUCCAGUCUAGAGCUACUUCCCCUUCCUCGGCAACCACUAGAGCGACUGUCCGUGAAUACCGCUACCCUUAUGCAACUGUGUGAAACACACAAGCCGGACUUUUCCCACCCGGCUUUCCGAGCGCUGACCCACUUGGAUAUUACCGAACCUCCAACUUCGCCGGUGGAUAUUGAUUGGUCAGCCCUGUAUAAACUCCCCAAACUCACGCAUAUCUCAAUCGGGAACUUAACGGGGAGCCACCAUCUAUUCCUGCUCAAGGAACUGCUGGCGAAUUGUGAAUCACUGCUCUUUUUGGUAGUGAUUUCGGAUCACGGAGAGUUCACCAAACGUGUCAGCGAGGAGAUAGAUGACGGGCGGCUUAAAAUACUUCCGUAUUUUCACCAUCCUAAAGAAUACCGCACGUAUUGGGAGGAUGUUCAGAGAGGUCUGCCGGACUUCUGGGGAUAUCUGGAAGAUCACUGA